AUGGCAAGACCUAGAAAAAAGAAGAGGACUCAUCUUUCAAUUGACGAUGGUGCGGGAAAGCCCAGUCGAGCCAAUCGGCCGCCCAGAAGUAUGGUCAUUCGCAUGGGCGCAGGUGACAUUGGCCCCAGCGUCACACAGCUGGCAAAGGAUUUCCGCGCUGUGAUGGAACCUGAUACAGCGAGCAGGCUGAAGGAGCGAAAAGCCAACAAACUCAAAGACUACACCGCCAUGGCUGGUCCUCUGGGUGUCACACAUCUCUUUCUAUUCUCACGGUCGAAAAACGGCAAUGUACAUCUGCGGGUUGCGCUGGCUCCCCGCGGCCCGACGAUAACAUUCCGCCUCGAUCGAUAUGCAUUAGCAAAAGACAUUGCAAAGGCACAAAAACAUCCGCGAGGAGGCGGCAAGGAAUACCAAACUCCGCCUUUGUUGGUGAUGAAUAAUUUCGCGUCUCAGACCGCCACGGAUGCUGGUGCAGAUCCGAUCAAAAAGCAGCUCGAGUCCUUAACCACCACGGUAUUCCAAUCGAUGUUUCCCCCAAUCAACCCGCAAAGCACACCGCUAAAUUCCAUACGGAGGAUAUUGCUGUUGAACCGUGAGUUGCAUUCAGAUGGGACAUACGUUCUCAGUCUACGGCACUAUGCGAUCACGACAAGAAAGACAGGGGUGUCAAAGCGAGUCAGGAGAUUCGACGCAACAGAGCAGCGGCUGCGAGAAAAAAAGACCGGGGCGCUGCCCAAUCUCGGCAAGCUAAACGACGUGGCAGACUACAUUCUCGAUCCUACAGCCGGAGGCUAUACUUCUGCCAGCGAAACAGAACUCGACACCGAUAAUGAGGUAGAAGUUAUGGAGACGACGACCCAGCGAGUAUUGAGCAAGCGUGAGCAGCAGAAGCUCGCAGAUAAUGGGAACAAGAAAGCGCGAAAAGCGGAGCAGAGCUCGAAUGUUGAGAAAAGAGCUGUGAAACUGGUUGAACUGGGCCCGCGGAUGCGAUUAAGGAUGGUCAAAGUCGAAGAAGGCGUGUGUGAAGGCAGAGUCAUGUGGAAUGAGUACGUCACCAAGUCUAAAGCAGAGGAAAAGGCGCUGGAAGAGAAAUGGGAGGUGAGGAGAAAAGAAAAGGAGGCCAGGAAGAAAGUACAGAGAGAGAACGUGGAGAGGAAGAAGGAGUUGAAGAAGAACACGAAGAAGAAUACCGGGAACGAGGGUGAGGAGGAAAGUGAAGAGGAAUGGGAUAGUGACGACCUAGAGAAUUGGGAUGUUGACGAUGACGUUGACGACGAGGAUGAAGCUGAGGUCGUUGGGGAUAUCGAGGAGCCUGCUGAUGGAAACGAUGAGAUGCAAGAUUGA